UCCACGCGUUCGCUCUAAACGUACAACCUGGAUCUCUUCUCUUGUCUCUCUUUCUCAGAAGGAGAUCUUAUACAAAUCCAACCCUCCUCAUUUACUCAAAACCCCUUCUCCUCCAAUUUUUCCUUUCUCUUUGUCCUUCACAUUUCUCCGUCGUCCUCACCGUCCCUCUGUUCAAUGCAGUAGCCAGUUCAUUUUAAAUAGCUGGGAACUUGUAAAGCGAAGAUGGUGAAGCUGACGAUGAUUGCUCGUGUUACUGAUGGUCUUCCACUAGCUGAGGGACUGGAUGAUGGCCGCGAUAUGCAAGAUGCAGAAUUCUAUAAACAGCAAGUGAAGGCUUUGUUUAAGAACCUUUCUAGAGGCCAUAAUGAAGCUUCAAGAAUGUCGAUUGAAACUGGUCCUUACAUUUUCCAUUACAUCAUCGAAGGGCGUGUGUGUUACUUGACAAUGUGUGACCGUGCCUAUCCAAAGAAACUUGCCUUUCAAUACCUUGAAGACCUUAAGAAUGAAUUUGAACGUGUUAAUGGUGCUCAAAUUGAAACUGCUGCCAGACCCUAUGCCUUCAUUAAAUUUGAUACAUUCAUACAGAAAACAAAGAAGUUGUACCAGGACACUCGCACUCAGCGAAAUAUUGCAAAGCUGAAUGAUGAACUCUAUGAAGUCCACCAAAUAAUGACCCGUAAUGUUCAGGAAGUGUUGGGUGUUGGUGAAAAAUUGGACCAGGUCAGUCAAAUGUCCAGUCGUUUAACAUCAGAAUCACGCAUAUACGCUGAUAAGGCAAGAGAUCUAAAUCGACAGGCUUUAAUUCGGAAGUGGGCCCCUGUUGCCAUUGUGCUUGGAGUUGUCUUCCUCCUCUUCUGGGUCAAAACAAAGAUCUGGUGAUCACUUUAUCAUUGUACUUAACGUUGUCACAUUUCUCCUGGGCUUCACUUCAUUGCUGUAGGCUGGUUCUGGCUACUUGUUACACAUGGAGACUUCAGAUUGGGUGCCUGAUCCUCCUGAAAUAUGAUGUUUCGAGGUCAUCUUAGUUGAUGGCUAGGAUUGUUGAGAUAACUAGCUCUUUAAGAGCCAAUAGCGAAUGGGGACUUAUAUGACUUAGUGGAAGAGAAAACCAUUGGUAUCAAAUGACUCAAAAUAUGAUAUCAUAGUUCUAUUAAAAGUGAAUAGAUUUUCUAUUUUUUUUUCCCUAUAAAUCUGUAUUGUUGAUUUUAUUCUCUUUGAGAGUCAUCAUUUAAGUAUGACUGUAGACAUCAGAACAUGUUAUUUCCUGUCAAAAUCUGAUGCUGGACUUAAAAUGCAACUUAGCAACCAGAGUGACGAAAUUUCAUAA